CAUAAUAAAUCUAACUGUGAUUUAAACUGUACGAUCUAAAAUCAACGACCGAGAUCACCUACCGGAUGAAAUUACGUGUAACUGAUACCAAAUCCAAUCCAAAUUCCAAUAACAUUGGUUUGGCGGUGGAAAGCGCAACGCAAUCAAUCAAACUUCCUCCUCUUCCAUUAUUACAUUGAUUGAUUUCGAAGGGAAGAAGAAAUGGCACAAGUUGUUGCAGUUGCAGCAGCGUUCAAAUUCAACUCUUCAAUUUGCAAACCUACUCACCACCACUCCUUCUUCUCUCCACCUCCCACCUUCAAAAUCAAACACCCUCCCAAUCCACGUCUUUCUCACCAUUCCCUCUUUAUGCUUCCUUCUCCUUCUCUCACUUCAUGCAAUACCAACAAAUCAGAUAUGAUAUCACAGUUGGAAAUGGGGAAACCGGAGAAGCAUGAGAGGGAACAGGAGAAACGAGUCAACGGGAUAUUCUGGAUCAUACUCCUCAACAUUGGAAUAUUCGUGGCUGACCAGUUUUUUCAGGUUGAUGGCAUCAAGGCUUUAUAUUUGUUUCAUAACAGGCCUGAUUGGUUCCAGUUUCUCACAGCAACAUUUUGUCAUGCUAAUUGGAAACAUCUUUCUAGCAACCUUUUCUUCUUAUACAUUUUUGGAAAGCUUGUUGAAGAAGAGGGAGGAAGCUUUGCUUUGUGGCUUUCUUACAUUCUUACUGGUGUUGGAGCAAACCUUGUUUCCUGGCUGGUUUUACCAAGAAGCACAGUCUCAGUUGGAGCUUCUGGUGCUGUUUUUGGGUUAUUUACUAUCAGCGUCCUUGUGAAGAUGUCCUGGGAUUGGAGGAAGAUCCUUGAAGUGCUUAUAUUGGGUCAGUUUGUUAUUGAGAGGGUUAUGGAAGCAGCUCAAGCUUCAACAUCAUUACCAGGAACCAUUCGUGGAGGCUACUCAUUGCAAAAUGUCAAUCAUAUUGCACAUCUUUCUGGUGCUCUUGUUGGUGUUCUCUUGGUUUGGCUUCUUAGCAAAGUUCCUUCCGAUUCUUCAGACCGAUAAUCCACUUUGGAAUUGUUGAAUGGCUGCGAUUAUUUAUAGAGGAGAAUCAUGCUACUUAUUUAAAUUUUAUACAGUGAUUGUAUAUUUAACAAUGAAAUGUAAUCAUCUGAGAUGAGGUUCACUUCCUCAACUGCAUAUAAAUGUAGAUGUAAUAUUGUGGAAAUAGCAUUUCUCACCCCACCCAAUAUGUUGCAGUAGAGGGUUGUACAUGGGUUGGUUCGGGUCAAAUCGUUUAUUUUCGUUUA